AUGUGGCUGACUCAAUAGCCUCUUUUUAGGGUUUCAGACUCGAGGAAGUUACAUCGAUUCGGCACUCGCAAAUAUAAGAAAAGUUCUCAGAGAAUAAACUCAUCUUCUUCUCCGGAGUUGUUUUCGUUAACACCGGUAUGGACGGCGGCGGGAACUCGCUCGCAUCUGGGCCGGACGGGACGAAGCGCAAGGUCUGCUACUUCUACGAUUCCGAGGUCGGGAACUACUAUUACGGACAAGGCCAUCCGAUGAAGCCGCAUCGUAUCCGCAUGACCCACGCUCUGCUAGCGCACUAUGAUCUCUUACAUCACAUGCAGGUCUACAAACCUAACCCUGCUCGGGAACGCGAUCUAUGUCGCUUUCACGCAGACGACUAUGUUUCCUUCCUCCGUUCAAUCACGCCGGAGACGCAGCAGGAUCAAAUCCGAGCCCUUAAGCGAUUCAAUGUCGGUGAGGAUUGUCCUGUUUUUGAUGGUUUGUACAGUUUUUGUCAGACGUAUGCCGGGGGUUCGGUUGGAGGUGCUGUGAAACUCAACCACGGGCAUGAUAUUGCGAUCAAUUGGGCGGGAGGUCUUCACCAUGCGAAGAAGUGCGAGGCGUCGGGGUUUUGCUACGUGAAUGAUAUAGUAUUGGCGAUUCUCGAGCUCCUGAAAAAGCACGAGCGUGUUCUGUACGUUGACAUCGAUAUCCAUCACGGAGAUGGUGUGGAGGAGGCCUUCUAUACAACUGAUAGAGUAAUGACUGUUUCAUUUCAUAAAUUUGGGGACUACUUUCCCGGAACAGGAGAUAUACGUGAUAUUGGGCACGGGAAAGGGAAGUAUUAUUCUCUUAAUGUGCCGCUCGAUGAUGGAAUUGAUGAUGAGAGUUAUCACUCACUAUUUAAACCUAUCAUGGGAAAAGUGAUGGAGCUUUUCAGUCCCGGUGCCGUAGUUCUUCAGUGCGGUGCGGACUCAUUAUCAGGAGAUAGACUCGGCUGUUUUAAUCUUUCCAUAAAAGGGCAUGCUGAAUGUGUGAGAUAUAUGAGAUCUUUUAAUGUGCCUCUUUUGUUACUUGGUGGCGGUGGAUACACGAUUAGGAAUGUUGCUCGUUGUUGGUGCUAUGAGACAGGGGUUGCUCUUGGUGUUGAAGUUGAUGACAAGAUGCCUGUACAUGAAUAUUAUGAAUAUUUUGGUCCAGAUUACACUCUUCAUGUUGCACCAAGUAACAUGGAGAACAAAAAUUCGAGGCCAAUGCUGGAUGAAAUACGAACACAACUUCUCAGCCAUCUUGGCAAAAUCCGGCAUGUUCCGAGUGCCCAGUUUCAAGAACGCCCUCCAGAUACAGAGUUCCCUGAGCCCGAUGAAGAUCAGUAUGAUCCAGAUGAAAGGAAUGAUCCAGAUUCGUAUAUGGAUGUGGAUGAUAUGAGGCAUCUUGAUGAAACACCUCGAAAAUUUGUUUCAAAUAAUAUCCAGAGUGUCAAAAUAAAAAGGGAAAAUUUUGAAAAUGAAUCAAACGAUCAGGAUGCUUACAGAACUGCCUCAGAACAUGCCAAGGGUGCUGACCCAAUGGCUGAGGAUGUGCCAUUGUUGAAGGUGUUUGAUAAGGCCUCAAUGGUGAUUGAUCAUGAUCCAUUAAAGAUGGAGCAUGAAAACCAAUUUGGUCCGGCUUUGAUGCAUCCAAAGCCUUAGGGGCUGUUUGGUAAUAUUUUUUUUAAUAGGAUUUGCGUUGGAUUUAUGAAUUUAGUGCCAAAUAGUUAAAUUUAGGCAUGUUAAAUCUGGCAACGAUUAAAUCCAAAUUUCUUCUCAUUUUCGUCCUUAAAUCCGGAUUUACUAAAUCUAGUAGUUCGAUGGAAUUUACAAGAUUUAGUAAAUCCCGUUCAACUUAAAUCCUUAGCAGCCAAACAGCCCUUUGGUUUUGCUUCCACAUGGUUGUAUACUCGUGUCUUCAGCGCAUUUGUAUAUUUCACUAUAUAUGAGUUGUAUUUAUUUUGAUGUAAUGAUAUUCUGAAACUAUGGGAAAUACAAAAUUCAGUCUAAA